CACUUCACCAAAGUUGGAUUUUCUGAACAAAGUAAUUCAAAGGCAAGCUGUGAAAAAAAUGGAACGGAAACUUAACCAGUCAUCUAAGACAAAAAGGAAAUGAUACCACUCGUGCCUUUUUAUUUUCAGAUUGGCUUCUGACCAGACAGGAUGAGAGCUUCUGAUGGUCUCCUGUUUCUCUUGUGCGUUUGGCUUAAAGAAACUGAAGCCUCAUCCUGGACAUCUGAGGUACCAUCCCAAAUUAAAGGUCUCCUGGGGUCAUGUGUGGUGAUCCCAUGCACCUAUGAUUACCCAGAUCCAAAAAAGAAAAUCAGCGUGUUCAGAGGGCUUUGGAUGAACACCAAUAAUAAGUUUAUCAAUCACCCCGAAGCGUCAGAAAUGCUGCAGGAAUAUCGGAGUCGGACUCAGCUGGUGGGAGAUGUCACGCAGAAGAAUUGUUCCCUGAAGAUCGAUGUUCUCAGUCAGCAAGACGUGGGACCUUUUUUCUUCAGGAUUGAAAUGGAAGGCUAUGACAAAUAUUCUUAUGCAAAAAAUGCAGUCACAAUUUCAGCGACAAGUGAACCAGACCCCGUUAGCAUUUCAGUGAAAGGGGAUCUGAAGGAGGGUCAGACUGUGUCUGCUUCCUGCUCUGUGUCUCACUCUUGCCCCAGCAAUCCUCCAGCCUUCACCUGGAGUCACCCUGGAAAAGAGAGCUUUCAGGAGCAGCAGCUCGAUCAUGGUCAGUGGAACGCAACGUCUGUUCUGGAGCUGCUUUUGAGCCGCAAUGACCACAACAACCAUGUAAACUGUACUGUCAGCUUCCACGGAGGCAAGAAGCAGGAGGUAUCCAAGUUCCUCAGAGUAAGAUAUCCCCCCGUAAAGGCCAUGGUGGAUUAUAACCCGGACAUAAAGGAGGGAGACACUGCCAAACUCAUCUGCUCCAGUGAUGCUCACCCCCCCGUCAGCAGAUAUGAAUGGCAUGACGUAAAUGGUGGGGAGGUGUUUCAGGGGAAUCUGUUUGUGGUGACUAAUGUCUCCAGACACAUGGGAGCGUUUUACUGCAUGGCUAUCAAUGACGAAGGGCAAGUCAAGUCCAAACUUGUGCAGUUGAAUGUGUUAUAUGCCCCUGAAAUUAAGAACAAGUCUGCAUGCUUCUUAGUGGACAACUUGAUCAAAUGUAAUUGCAAGGUGGACUCCAAGCCUCCCAGCACUGUCUUUUUUAAUCUGAGUAACAAAUUUCUGCAAGCCACCAGAGGAGAGGAACCGGAUGACUUUUUCAUCCAGGCUCCGGUGGCCGACUUUUCAUCCUCUGAAUCUGUGAGCUGUUGGGCAAAUAACACACAGGGGAGUGCAACCCUCACGCUGUCUAUUCCUUCUGAUGACAAGAUGAUGCUCAUUUUCAUCUUCUCUGGAGCAGCUGGGAUUGUGGUGAUACUUUUAGUAAUUGUGGUAGUUGUUAUAAAAUGCAGGUUGAGAUCUGCAGACAACAUUCACACUGCGAGCCUGGCAGAUCGAGCCCUGGAGCUGCCAGAAUGUUACAGCACUAAAAGUAUUGGGAAAGUUCACGAGUCACCUCUCUCUGCAAUCUAUGCCAAUGAUUCGUCAUUUAUGUACAAUGAGAAUGAUGAGGAUGAAGCAAUUUAUGCAAACGUAUGACCAGUGGAAGGACAACAGUUUCCAGCUCAGUCAAGCAGGCUGUGAUGAAUUCAAAUAUUGUAUACACAAAAAGAGAAACAUAACUAACUAACUAAGCUUCAGCUCAAUAAUGCUGUAAUAUCAUUAAGAACUGUUUAUUAUUCAGACCCUACAGGAUUUCGCAGCAGAUUUUUAUGAUUGUUGCAUCUUAAAAUCCCUGAUGUUGCGGUGGCUUUUGUGAAAAGUUGCGACAAAAGUUGCAAUGUUUGUUUUUAUAUAGAUAUAUUUGAAAAGCUCCUAAAAAUGUCAAUUAUGAAAUAAAAUUCACAUUUUCAUAU